AUCAUUCACAAUAAGUAGAAGUACAAUAUCUUGCUUUUGGUUUCAGCAGAUUUCGCGAACUUUAGCUCUUUCAGCAAAAUUUUACUUAAAUCACUCGUCAAGAACCCAGCUAUGGCCGUUCGAUCAACAGGUCAGUUGAAAAGCAUGAUGCAAAGGUUAAGAACGUACGCCACAGCCGCAACACCGAGAUCCAAUAAAGCGUAUUCUACGGUGGCGACAGAGUACGGUGGCCAGAGAUCAUCCACCACCACGACGGCUACAAAAGCUGACUUCACACCUGUUUACGUCUCCAUAGGAAUGAUCUCAUUGUCGGUAUCGUUCGGUCUCUACACUGCUUAUCUUCAUCUCCACGAGAACCCUAGCGUGCGUGUCAACAAGAAGACAAGGGAGACUGUUCCCGAGAUUGAAGAUCCCGAUCGAGUUCUAGAUGAAGCGGACAGGUUCGCCAACAGGUCUUGGUUCAGGAAAAUAGCUCACGUUCAAGAGUUUGACAAGCAGGAUGUGAUUUCCGAUCCAAUCAGGAAAGACCAGUUCGCUCACAAACCUCGUGCCUUGACGCUUAAGGAUGUCGGAGUUGAUCCUAAGAUGCAUGCGACUCACUAAGCUUUAUUUAUAUACGACUGGUUUUAAUUAUGUGUUUUUCGAUAAUUCCAUGUUUUUCCUACAAAUAAAACGACUUUGUUUUUUUUUGGUAAGGAAGUCGAAUGGGAUUUAGUUAAGGUUUAAUCCUGUGAAAUGAGACGACUUGAGUUUGUAUUUUGUUUUUGUUGUUGUUACUGAACAGUUUGUAAAUUAUGUCUAAUUGAAAUAACGGUUAAAACUUUGCUUUAAAAGUA